AUGAAGACCCCGAACCUGAACUGGGGUGAGCUUGACAGUUGGUACUGCUUAAUCAUUAAUGCUGCGGAAGAAUGGUUCUCUGUGUACGAAGAUGUUUGCAGGGAAUCAACUGUUAGACCUCAAACGCAGAGAGACCUCGAGAUUCUGGAGCAAGAACUGCUACAAGGGCAAGAACAUGCCCAAAGGGUGUUGCUGAAGGCGACAGAAUCGCUAUUGAAGAGACCUGGCCGGCCGAUGGCCAACGCUAGUGAUGUUCGAUUCCUUCUCAUCAUCAUGGAGAACCCUCUUUUGCACGCAGAGUUUAGGGGAUUUGGUGGCAUUUUACAACCAGAUGCUGUGGCUCAUCCCCCCCCUCAAGUAGUCUCGCCAAGACGAAAACUUCUUCCGAGUUCUGGGCUCUUAUCCGGCCAACACUCAGGCAUAAUCAAGCGGAUCAUCGGUCUCAUAUCGAAUACACCUCCGGAAUGCCACAAUCAGCUCAUCACAUGGUUUUCCAAAUAUGACAGGAGACGAUUUGUUCGCACCAAGGAUUUGAUAUCAGGUUUUUUGAGCUACCGACUACUCCGACAAAUUGAUAAGAAGCAACCUACAGAAGUUGAUAUCACGGCUGGUUUGAUACCAGAGAUGCGCGCUGGCCGGUCUGGUGCUGGUUUCUACCUUCAUGAUGAAAUCAGAACCGGGGGAGCUUCCAAAAAGAAGGAGCCGGAGCACAAGAUUGCGUAUACUGAGGACUGGCAGAUCAAAGCGGCGUCCCGCGUGCUUGCCCUUCUGUUCGCAGCCAAUAGUGCCCCUGGGAUCAGACAUGGCUAUUCAACGACGGCGGCGGGGGUCAAUGUUGCGGCUGGAUCAACCCGCGAAUACGGACACUCUAGUGGACAGCUGGUCCCAACCACGGACUUUUAUAACUCAAUGAUAGAUUAUGCUGAUUUGGUCAGCGACUUUGAGUCCUGGGAGUCGAAACGGUCCAAGUUUUCCUUCUGUCAGUAUCCGUUUUUAAUGAGCAUUUGGGCCAAAACUCACAUCCUGGAACAUGAUGCCAAGCGACAGAUGCAGAUGAAGGCACGGGAUGCCUUUCUUGACAGCAUAAUGACCAACCGCAACGUAAAGCAAUAUCUUUCGCUCGACGUUCGUAGAGAGUGUCUUGUUGAGGACAGUCUUGCUGCUGUUAGUGAAGUCAUUGGAAGCGGAAGUGAAGAUGUCAAGAAAGGUCUCCGAAUCACGUUCAGAGGUGAAGAGGGUAUUGACGCCGGCGGUCUGCGGAAGGAAUGGUUCUUGCUCCUCAUCCGGGAGGUCUUCAAUCCCGACCACGGGAUGUUUCUUUACGACGAAGACUCGCAGUAUUGCUACUUCAAUCCCGCCACAUUUGAAACGUCGGAUCAAUUCUUUUUGGUUGGUGUAGUCAUGGGCUUGGCAAUUUACAAUUCUACCAUCUUGGACGUCGCUCUACCGCCAUUUGCUUUCCGCAAACUGCUGGCGGCUGCGCCAGCUCACGGCCUAGGCAUGUCCUCUCGUCCAAGGCCGUCGAUGCAAUAUACUUUGGAGGACCUGGCGGAAUACAGACCACGGGUAGCCCGUGGGCUUCGUCAGCUUCUGGACUUUGAGGGAGAUGUGGAAAGCGCAUUCAGCCUUGACUUUGUAAUUGACACUGAGAAAUACGGCACAACUGUUCAGGUGCCCCUUUGCCAUGGAGGCGAGCGGAAGGCUGUUACAAAUAGCAACCGACGAGAGUACGUUGACCUCUACAUUCGAUAUGUACUGGAUACGGCGGUGACGCGCCAGUUCGAGCCUUUCAAAAGAGGCUUCUACACCGUCUGCGGAGGCAAUGCCUUUUCCUUAUUCCGACCUGAAGAAAUCGAGCUUCUCAUCCGAGGAUCGGACGAGGCUCUUGAUAUUGCAUCAUUGCGUGCUGUGGCUGAGUAUGACAACUGGGAGAGCCGCCAGCCGGACGGUAGUAGCCCCGUAGUCGGAUGGUUUUGGGAAACGUUCCAAGAAGCAACACCAGGGAACCAGCGCAAGCUUCUUUCAUUCAUCACGGGAAGCGAUCGAAUCCCUGCAACGGGGGCCGCUAUGCUGCCAAUCAAGAUUUCGUGUCUUGGCGAAGAUGUCGGCCGUUAUCCGAUAGCGAGGACUUGCUUCAACAUGCUUUCACUGUGGCGGUAUGGGUCGAAGCAAAAACUGGAAGGCAUGCUGUGGAGAGCUGUGUUUGAAAGUGAAGGAUUUGGUCUGAAGUAG